AUGAACCAAUACUUCCCCUCAUGUGUGCUUAGGGCGCAUCACCACACUAUGCUCGAGUUCAGUCUGCCCUCGAACGACAUCCCGUUGUCCACUAUUUUCGAUUUUCUCCAAAAAGCUCAACAAAGUCUUAAUCUGCAAGACUUUUCUGUCAGUCAAACCACUUUAGAUCAGGUAUUCGUGAGUUUCGCGAACCAACAGAUCAACGACUAUCAGUCGCCGAUACCAUCGAAACAGAGCGCCGGCGUCUACUCGAACCCGGCGUUCGUCAGCUCAUCCGAACACAUCAAUGGUAACCACAAACGAAAGGCGCCGUUAGAGUCGGUGGUGAAGGGUAGGGGCCGACUGCCGACGCCGGCGACACCG